CCCCAGAAAAGGCAUGGAAACCAGCAAAGAAAUAUAUAAGGAAUCAAAGGCAUAGGGUAUUGGGAAAGUGAACUAUUUUUGGAACUUCUGUUUACAUUUUUAGUGGAUAUGUUUCUUGUUUGAUAGUGCUUUGAUUAUAUGUGGUUUGUUUUGACUAUCAGCAGGACUUUCUACUUUCAUCUCUGUAAAAAAAAUAUCUGCAGAAGAUUACAAACUCUGCUGGUUACAAGUUUUUUGAGUAAUUAGUUCCUUUUCAAUCACAAACUCUUCCAAGUUCGAGUGCCAAAAAUGCCGAGAUCAAGGACUAGGAGCUCAGAGAUGCCACAAAGGCAAUCUCCUCAAGGCACGCAUCAGGUUAGGUCGUCGAGUUCUGAUUCUGACCCUCUGCAUCAUCGACUGAUUACUGGUCGGAGUAGUCCCAAGGUUGGAGAUCGUCGUUCCCCUAGAGGUGCUCCCCAGUCGGAUCCAUUGAACCAGAAGAAGUUUGGCACUCGCAUUGCGGAUUUGGAAUCUCAACUGGGGCAGGCACAAGAAGAGCUGAAGAAUCUGAAAGACCAGUUGGCUUCAGCUGAAGCUGCAAAGAAAGAAGCACAAGAAAAGCUGGAAAAUAAAACCAAGAAGCCGAAAGCUCCACAACCUGUUGAACCUAAUGAAAAUAUUUCUCCGAAAAAAGCUCGAAAUUUGAAGAAAUCCGACUGCAGCGUUAGAGAUGAAGUUUCUGAAGACAAUCAACGAGAAACUGAUGUUUUUGAAGUCCCGGUGGAAAAGGCAGCGAUUGAGCCUAAGGUGGAAGUUGAAGAAGUCGAUCAAGCAGAAGAGAAAACCAAAGCAAUAGAGAUAUCAACCGCAUCACCAGCAGUAUCCGAGCCGGAGAAACCAUCUUUGUAUGAAUUGGCUUUGAAAAAUGAUGAGAUAAAUAAUCUGAAAUCCAAGCUAGAAGAGAAAGAAAGGGAGCUUAGUGUGUUUACUCAAGAAAACGAGGACCUGAAAAAGCAGCUCAAUGAAGCGACCUUGAACAUUUCGAGUGCUAAAGCCAAGGAGGAAGAAAUUACUUUGAAGUUGAGCCAAGUAGGGGAGGAACUAGGAGCAAGUAAAACAGACGCAGCUCAAUUGAAGGAAAAGCUCCAAUCAGCUGAAGAGCAAAAGGAAGCAUUGGAAGCCGAGAUGAAGAAGCUAAGGGUACAGACUGAACAGUGGAGAAAAGCAGCGGAUGCAGCAGCAGCUAUUCUCUCUGGGGGCAUGGAGAUGAAUGGGAGGAUUUCGAACCGGUGUAGCUCAAUGGACAAGCAUUUCGGUGGCGUGUUCGUGACUCCAGCUGGUGGUGGUUUUGCAGGUUAUGUCGGAUCACCAGGCUUAGGCGACGAUAUGGAUGACGGUUUUGGAAGUGGAAAGCGCAAAGGCUCUGGGAUCAAAAUGUUUGGCGACUUAUGGAAAAAGAAGAGCCAGAAAUAAAAGUCCGCAGUGCACCUCCUAAGUACUUUUGAGGAUCAUAUGUUUUAACUGCAACUCAUAUUAUCAUUCUGAAAUUGUUGCUUACCAUUUCGGUUUUUGUCGGUCAUGUGCUUCCCAUUUCGGUUUUUGUCGGUCAUGUGCUUCGAACGUCGCAGCAGGUCUGGCUGCCAUAUCUCAUGCUCAGUAUGUAGUAUUGCUCCUGUGAAGUAAUAUAAAAUCUAAAACUACCAAGGAUGAUCUUUAAUAUGUUGUUGUGUUAUUAAUUAGGUAUGGGGACAUAUGGUAUUUGAGGGACAUUUAUUCUAAAUUUGGCCAUGUUUCACU